AUGGUCUUUUCUCGGGUUGAUGCGAUGAUAUCGAUCUUCCCUAAGACGACCUCCUUUCAAGGACAUUCUAGCCAAGCGGGAGGUGUUAAAAAGACUUCGGUCUUGGUCAGUGAAGAAAGCGAGGAUGCACUCUUUCGUCAUAGGCUUGGUGAUGUCGUGGUGAGCUAUCAUAAGAUUUUCUCCGGAGCUGCGAUUCUUCAGACUAGCUUACGGUCGAUCGAGCUAUCGGACCAGGUCAGAGGUUUAGUUGUUCCGUCGAUGAACAUGAAAAGACAGCCGUCACAGUGUAGGAAAAAGAGGAAAGGCAAGAAAGAACGCAAUAAGUCACCGGUGUCAGAAAAGAGGUCGUAACCGGAUGACACCCGGUGUUCGGCACGUCUUUGUGUUCAAGCAAUGGGAGGUUCAUGUCAGCGCAAGGUGGACGAGUGUGCAUUUUUUCAUCCGACUUGAUCAUGUCCGCCAUUCCUAAGACGUUUAGCUCGUUUAGAUUUGCAAACUCCUUCCUAGCUUUUGUGUUGCUCUCAUGAAGCAUGAAGGGACAUUUGUUACUAACGUUUUGAGAGGCAGCUGUCACGUCAAACAGACCAGCCCCAUUUUGUAGGAGAGCUUGGUUCCGUUACUGAACGUUUGGUGCUACGAACGAUGCGACUCUAGGGGCUCGUGCGCAGUUGUUGCAAGGAAAGUUAGCAUGCGAGCUUUAAUUGUAGAGUGUGCCAAGGUCUCUGGGAGAGGAGCAAGGUGUGAGCAACAUCAAGCUUGAAGUUCUCGGGAUGGAGCAACAUUGUUGGUACAGACACAAGGUGAAGAAAGUUCGAUGAUCGAAAUGUCCGGACGAUACUGUCUGGGUAGUUAAAUACUGUGAAGUUUUUUUCACACAAUUUCAGGGUUGUU